ACAAUAAAAUGUUCUCGUUUUGUUAAAAAUUUAUCAUCAACAGUGCUCUUGUGUAUUUUACGUAUAAAAAUGUUCAAUAUCACGUUAACGAUUGUCGUUCGUAGCUACGUGAAACAAAUGACCUACUCUGAGCAAUAACCCAAAUAUAAUUAUUUUAAUAAAAAGUUAACAUCUUGUAAAACGUAAAGAGGUCAAGAUUUUAGCAUAUUUUAUCAGAUGAAAAUUGAAAUCGAAGAAUUUUUGAAGCUAUAUUGAUAACGAUAGUGUUGUAAAAAUGUAGUUAACUAUUUACUGUUAUACAAUGUCAAAAAAUCAUCCAUUAGCUCUAACUGAUCGGUCGACGGAUUGGCGGUCACGUCGACCGGCGAUAUGAAGAAGACUGCUGUUAAUUAUGAACGAACGCAUUCGUUACGGGAUGACGAAGAUGAUAGUCGCGAAAUUAUAUUAGAACGCGAUCCGUUUCGGCGGCCAAAAUCCCAUCGUAUUGCUGUGCUUUCAGGCCAAAAUGGAUUGGAAAAGAAGCCAUCGAAAAGUGAAGUUGACUUGCCUAAAAGAAGUAGGCGUAGCUGGGAGGGUGAAGAAGAAGAACUUCUCAAUAACGGAUCGGCUUUAGACGAUGAAGAUAAUGCAAGAAAACUUAGAAAAUGGAGCAAAAGCAAAAUAGACUUAUUAAUGCCCAGCUUACGGUCUUUAGUGACAUUAGCUCGUGGAAAGUCAUCAUCAGCUACAUCGUUGAACCAACCUGGUUCAGCAGAAAGUUGGUCACAUAUAGAAUGUAUGCGCGGUGAUGAACCUAUUAGAAAAUACAACACUAUGGUUACAUUAUCAAAUGUAGUUCUCAAUCAUCCUAUGGGAAUAAAACCUGUCAAUCGAUUACGAGAUACUGGUGUUUGUUCUCGAUGUAGCAGUGUCUUAUCAUUGGCAGCUUCUUCAUCUAGAUAUUCAUUAGGUUCAACAUCAAGUUUUGUUACACACAGAGAUCAACCUAGUGUAUUAUGUAAAGUGUGUUUAAAUGAAGUUCCUGUAAGCAAUUCUUGGACACUUCAACAAUGUGGAUGCUCCUACUGUAUAGACUGUGCAAAAGCGUACGUAGAGUUCGAAAUAAACCAAGGCGCAUACAACAUAUCGUGUCCAGAUGCUCAAUGUCCAAAACAAGGAAUAAUACAAUUGGUUGAAAUUGAAGCUUUGGUCGGCAUUGACGAGAUUGAAAAACAUCACCGAUACAGAUUAAAUAAAGAAGUUGAACUGGACAAAAGUCGGAUGUGGUGUCCAAAACCUGGAUGCGAGACGGUGUGUCAUGUCGGAGAUCGUUCUCGGCCACACAGUGUUACUUGUCCUACCUGUCAGACUGAAUUUUGUUCAGGCUGUCGAGCAACAUGGCAUCCCGGAAAACCUUGUCCUCCACCAGCUACACAUGAUGUGCCGACAUUUGACUCAGAUUUGAUCAAAUGUUGUCCAAUGUGCAGCGUACCUAUUGAAAAAGAUGAAGGUUGUGCUCAAAUGUUGUGUAAACGUUGCAAGCAUGUUUUUUGCUGGUAUUGUUUAGCAUCUUUAGAUGACGACUUUUUACUAAGACAUUAUGAUAAAGGUCCGUGUAAAAACAAACUAGGUCAUUCAAGAGCUUCUGUAAUAUGGCAUCGAACUCAAGUUAUUGGCAUAUUCGCUGGAUUCGGCAUACUGCUUUUAGUCGCUAGUCCAUUACUAUUGCUGGCUGCACCAUGUAUAGUGUGUUGUAAAUGUCGUGUGUGCACCAGUGGGUCCAAGCUAGAUGAUCCAGAGGACGAUAUUCUAGAUGAACCUAAUUGACUCAGUAAUACUCCAACAUAAUUAUAAAAUUCCUUUUUUUAAUUAAAAUAAUAACAAGUAACUUUUAAAUAUAUGAGGUGAGAGUUAUUUAUGAACAAUAUGCUACCUAGUCAUCCAGUUCAUUUUAAAAAACAUUUUACCUUUUUUGUUUUUAUUAUUAUUUUUUUUUUUUUGGAACAAAUUUUUAUAUUUAAUCUAACAAUUAUGAACAUAUUGCGUUUAAUUAAGAUACUUAAACUUUCAUAUUAUCCAGUUUCUAGGAAUAUACAUUUUUAUUAUAAUUAACAUCUUAAUUUAAUCAAAAUAAUUUAUCCAAUUGUUGUU